GCAUGAACACUGGGUGAAGGACUUAGACCUGUAUGAUGUGAUUCACUUUUUUGCUUUUUCAUGUAUAUUUCAGCUUGUACGUUGGCACUGAUUUGAAGGAUUUUUUUAAAAAAAAUAUUGGAAAUGGUAUGUUUUGUCCUACACAAGUCGCCGUAGUUGUGUGGUAUCAUAGCAACCCACAUUGCCCCGAAGGUAAUCAAAUAGCCGAGAAAUAAGGCCCGCUGCUAUUUUUUUUCUACUCUACCUUCUUCAUUUACAACUGGAUGGACAUAGUAUAAUUUAUGUAUAAUUAAUUAUCCAUGGGGUCGUGGUGUUAAACGUGUAAUUUCUGUUUGGAAGUAGCAGAAAUUGUCAUAUGUUAGCUCCAGCUCCCAGAGGAAAAUGGACCAAACUUCACAUCAUCGUAUUUAUGUUGAAAGAACCCUGGCUAUCAUCAAACCUGAUGCAGUUCAUACGUCCGAGGAGAUCGAGGAUGUUUUCCUGAAGUCGGGCUUCAUUAUCCUGCAGAAGCGGAGGCUGCAGCUGAGUCCUGAGCAAUGCAGCGAGUUCUACGCACACCAGUAUGGAAAGCUCUUCUUUCCCAGCCUGACGGCCUUCAUGAGCUCCGGCCCCAUUGUUGCUAUGACGCUGGCUCGAGACAACGCUAUUGCCCACUUGAAGUCCAUAAUAGGGCCCGACAACAUCUCCAAAGCCAGAGAAACUCAUCCAGAGUGCCUGCGAGCAAAGUAUGGUACUUCUGACCUGAAGAAUGCUCUUCAUGGCAGUGACUCGUUUCUCACAGCAGUGAGGGAGAUUAAAUUCAUGUUUCCAAACACUGUAAUCGAGCCCUUUCCGUCCAGAGGAGAAACCGAGGAGUACCUGAGCAAGAAUGUAAACCCAGUUCUCCUACGUGGACUCACUGAGCUCUGUAAGGAAAAGCCUCUCAAUCCCUGUAUUUGGCUUGCUGAAUGGCUCCUGAAAAAUGAUCCAAACCAGCCUCAAAUAUGUGACGGAGUCACUGUGGAAGAUGCACACUGACAGCCAGAGAGCAACAUAGGGAAGGAUGAUUACUAUUUUAACUUCUGUUUGCUUUUGACAAGUUCGUCUGUUCAAUGUUAUAAAUCUAUAUCAAGGAA